CGGGAGAAUUAGUUAGGAAAACUCAGGGGAUUCUUCCAUCAGUUGAGAAGGUUGCAGGAGACUCUCUGUACAGGAUCAUACACUUAAUAAAUUUAGACAUUUUAUUUCAUUAAUUCAAAGAAAAAGACAAUUCAAUUUAGAUUUUGUUUUGUUGUUGAAAGAUUCCACAUUUGCAAUUUACCUGCGCGCUCCGUGGCUCCGGGGACGCAGUUGACUUGGAGAGAGAGUUAUACAGAGAGGAUAGAAUCUCUCCAAUAUUGCAUUAUUACUGAUUACAGGCAAAGCAUAACUUUUAAAGUUGCAUCAUGCCAUUUUUCAUUUCAUUGUGUUUGUACCUUUGGCUGGGGUUGUUACCUGGCCGGACAAGUACAGCCGUGAAUGAAGACAUUGAAGUAUUGGUGAUGUUGCCCAAAAAUAACUCGUAUAUGUUCUCAAUAGCAAGAGUGGCACCGGUCAUCGAGUAUGCAAAGCAGGGGUUGAAAAUCGGCGGCGGUCUGUAUUCGGGACUUAAUUUCAAAGUGCGUUAUGAGGAUUCCGACUGUGGCAAUGAUGCACUCUUCUCCCUGGUGGACCGUUCCUGCGAGAAGAAACCGGACUUGGUGCUCGGUCCGGUGUGUGAAUACGCCGCGGCGCCGGUUGUAAGGAUGGCAUCUCACUGGAACAUCCCGGUAAUAUCGACAGGUGCUCUGGCCAGCGGUUUUAGAGACAAAGAGAAAGAAUACUCUCACCUGACCCGAAUCUCCCCGUCUUACCUAAAAAUGGCAGAGACUUUCUUGGCGAUGUUCCGUCAUUUCAACUGGAAAGACGCGUUGCUGAUCUUCGAUGACGAUAAGAAGGAGAGGAAUUGUUACUUCACUAUGGAAGGGGUGCACCUCAAACUCAUGGAGGAAUAUCAGACUGUCACCUAUUCCAUCAACUCGAAAGAUGAGCGCCUGAACACAGACGAAAUCAUCAAAUAUAUCUACGAGAGUGAAGUUGUUAUCAUGUGUGCGGGAGCUGACAUCGUCCGAGACAUCAUGCUAGCUGCUCAUCGACGGAGGCUCACUAAUGGCAGCUACAUCUUCUUCAACAUCGAACUCUUCAACUCCACAUCUUAUGGCAACGGCUCGUGGAAGCGAGGGGAUAAGCACGACAGUGAGGCGCGACAAGCGUACUCUGCCCUCAACACGGUCACGCUGCUCCGGACAGUCAAACCAGAGUUUGAGAACUUCUCUCUAGAGGUCAAGAGGUCCAUUCAGAAGACUGGCCUACCGGACUGUGACGACUGUGACAACAUCAACAUGUUUAUGGAAGGGUUCCAUGAUGCAUUGCUGCUGUACGCCCUGGCGCUGCACGAAGCCAUCAGGAACGGCCUCACCAAGAAGGACGGAGCAGAGAUCACCUAUCGCAUGUGGAACAGAACAUUUGAAGGCAUCGCAGGUCAGGUGUCUAUGGACUUCAACGGGGACAGAUACGGAGACUUCUCUGUGAUGAGCAUGACAAACACCGAGGCAGGAACCUAUGAGACGGUGUGUAACUACUAUGGUGUGAAGGAGAGUUUCCAGAUGCUUCCGGGGUUCAAUCCUGACCACUUCACCCUGAGAGGACUACACAGAGUCUCCCACGCAGACCUGCCAGACAAAUCAUGUGGACUAGGAGUAUCUGCUGUUACUGGGAUCAUAGUGGGAGCCCUGCUAGGGACAGCACUGCUAAUGGCCUUCUACUUCAUCAGGAAGAACUACAGGAUAACCAUUGAGAGGCGCACGGCGAGGGAGGAAUGUGACAUUGGGAAGCACCGUCAGUUACGAGAAGAUUCUAUCAGAUCUAACUUCUCGGCAGCGUAGAGCAUCACCGCGGUUACCAUCCGUUGCUCCUGACGUUCCCGUUCCAGGGAAGCAAGAAGCAGCGUAGCGCGGAUGGAAGCAUCAUGGGAAAUGUGACCAAAGACUCACGCUAUACGGCUGUCAGAGGAGUCGUGCUAUUUAAAGAAAGACAUACUGUCAUUUAUACAUGUUUUAAAUUUUCUCUUUUAACUUUUUUGACUUUCAUCAACUCAGGAAAGUUCCAAUCACACAACAGCACCACUUUCAUCUCUGUUGAAGUAUAUCUUUAGGUGUGUCUUCUCCCCUUAAGAGGGCCAGUACAGAUGGCAUUAAUAUUAUAAUAAUAUGUUUUCACCUGUUUUAUAACAAACAGCGCAAGCGGUUUUGACCAUGUAAAAAGCAUUUGCACUCCAUACAGGGUUAAAGUAACACCAGAGAUAACAGGGAUCAAUAAGCCUGUGAACUUCAUUGGUACAUGUCAGAUCAGAGAUAACAGGUCAGAUCAGAGUUAACAGGGGUUGAUAAACAGGUCAGAUCAGAGAUAACAGGGGUUGAUAAACAGGUCAGGUCAGAGAUAACAGGUCAGAUCAGAGACAACAGGGGUUGAUAAACAGGUCAGAUCAGAGAUAACAGGGGUUGAUCAACAGGUCAGAUCAUAGAUAACACGGGUUGAUAAACAGGUCAGCUCAGAGAUAACACGGGUUGAUAAACAGGUCAGCUCAGAGAUAACAGUCUUGUUUAACAGUCUUACGGCUUGGGGUUAGAACCCGUUCAGGGUCCUGGUGGUUCCAGACUUGCUGUGCGGUAGCAGAGAGAACAGUCUACGGCAGUGCCCUCCAACCCUCUUCCUGGAGAGAUACCGUUUUCACAUCAAUCCUAAUCUAGCACACUUGAUUGUAAUUCAACUGAGGUUGGAGCAAACACCUAGGGGAGGAAAGCCCUAGUCAAUGGAAUGGUCCACACUAAAGGGACCCACCCGAAACUACUACAGGAGAUUUGAGUCUUUGAACUUCGGAUUACACCAUUUCGGUAUCAAUGCAGUGAUUUGAUUCUCAAUCAACCAAUCAAGUAAAUCAUAUAGUAUUACACUUUGCAAACAAAAAUUCUCUGGUAAAAACCUCCAUUCGACUUUGCUUAUUUUCUAAAUUAAGAAUUUUCUAGAGAUCUUUUUUUUUUUUUGAUUAAAUAUGGUAAUUCUGUAAUAUACUCUUCCCACAGUAUAAUAAUAAUGUAUAUUACAGUAUAUGAUGAUUCUGACACAACUAUAACAAAACAGACUGGUUUCUUCUGAGAUGAAUAGUAACAUAUAUUUAUAUUUUUCCUCUGCAUCUCUGAGACCUGUUAUUUCACUAUAUAUAUAUAUAUAUAUAUACAGUUGAAGUCAGAAGUUUAUAUACACUUUAGCCAAAUACGUUUAAACUCAGUUUUUCACAAUUCCUGACAUUUAAUCCUAGUAAAAGAUCCCUGUCUUAGGUCAGUUAGGAUCACCACUUUAUUUGAAGAAUGUGAAAUGUCAGAAUAAUAGUAGAGAGAAUGAUUUAGUUCAGCUUUUAUUUCUGCCAUCACAUUCCCAGUGGGUCAGAAGUUUACGUAUACUCAAUUUGUAUUUGGUAGCAUUUCCUUGAAAUUGUUUUACUGGGGUCAAACGUGUCGGGGAGCCUUCCACAAGAUUCCCACAAUAAGUUGGGUGAAUUUUGGCCCAUUCCUCCUGACAGAGCUGGUGUAACUGACUCAGGUUUGUAGGCCUCCUUGCUCGCACAUGCUUUUUCAGUUCUGCCCACAAAUGUUCUAUAGGAUUGAGGUCAGUGCUUUGUGAUGGCCACUCCAAUACCUUGACGUUGUUGUCCUUAAGCCAUAACUUUAAAACUUUAAAAGAAUGAAGUUUGCUUGGGGUCAUUAUCCAUUUGGAAGACCCAUUUGCGACCAAGCUUUGACUUCCUGACUGAUGUCCUAAAAUGUUGCUUCAAUAUAUCCACAUAAUUUGCGUUCCUCAUCAUUUGUGAAGUGCACCAGUCCUUCCUGCAGCAAAGCACCCCCACAACAUGAUGCUGCCACCCCCGUGCUUCACGGUUGGGAGGGUUUUCUUCAGCUAGCAAGCCUCCCCCUUUUUCGUGCAAACAUAACGAUGGUCAUUAUGGACAAACAUUUCUCCAAAAAGUACGAUCUUUGUCCCCAUGUGCAGUUGCAAACUGUAGUCUGGCUUUUUUUAUGGCAGUUUUGGAGCAGGUCUUCCUUGCUGUGCGGCAUUUCAGGUUAUGUCGAUAUAGGACUCGUUUUACUCUGGAUAUAGAUACUUUUGUAUCUAAAAGUAUCUAUAUCCUCCAUCAUCUUCAUAAGGUCCUUUGCUGUUGUUCUGGGAUUGAUUUGCACUUUUCACACCAAAGUACGUUCAUCUCUAGGAGACCGAAUGUGUCUCCUUCCUGAGCGGUAUGACGGUUGCGUGGUCCCAUGGUGUUUAUACUUGCGUACUAUUGUUUGUACAGAUGAACGUGGUGCCUUCAGGCGUUUGGAAAUCGCUCCCAAGGAUGAACCAGACUUGUGGAGGUCUACAAUUAUUUUUCUGAGUUCUUGGCUGAUUUCUUUUGAUUUCCCUAUGAUGUCAAACAAAGAGGCACUGAGUUUGAAGGUAGGCCUUGAAAUACAUCCACAGGUACAACUCCAAUUGACUCAAAUGAUGUCAAUUAGCCUAUCAGAAGCUUCUAAAGCCAUGACAUAAAUUUCUGGAAUUUUCCAAGCUGUUUAAAGUUACAGUCAACUUAGUGUAUGUAAACUUCUGACCCACUGGAAUUGUGAUACAGUGAAUUAUAAGUGAAAUUAUCUGUCUGUAAACAAUAUUUGGUCAAAUGACUUGUGUCAUGCACGAAGUAAAUGUCCUAACCGACUUGCCAAAACUAUAGUUGUUGAAAAAACACGUUUUAAUGACUCCAACCUAAGUGUAUGUAAACUUCCUACUUCAACUGUAUAUUUUGGGAAAAUAUAGAAUCAUCAAAGUGAUAUGUGUAAAUUAGUUAUAUUUAUGUAUUUUAGUAUAAUAACAGAAAUCUGAGAUAAAAUAUCUACAGACUCACGUAUUUAGUACAUAUGAAUGAUAUCAGAUGCCUCAUUAGGGUUAGAUGGCAUUAAUAUUUCAUUAUUACUCCUGGCUUCAUGGACCCUUAUGUUCUCUUCUUCCCAGGCAGGAGGACCAUCUCAUUGGCAAUAUGUUGUAGAUAUAUUUUAGAAUAAUUUGUUUUAUUACAUUAGAGCUCUGCUCUAAUGUAAAUCAUGUCCUCAAAAGUUUGGUGAAAAUGAAAAGUGUGGAAAACUAUUCUGAAAUGAAAUUUCCACUGGACUCUUUUCAAUUAUCAGCCAUGAAUAAAUUAUAAAAAUCCAUGCCUUUGUAGACACAAAACUAAUGGCAUAGAAAUAGAGCUUACUGUGAUACUAUAAUCACUAUAAUACCUAGAGCAUGCCAGCUAGGUGUCUGGAAGAGAAAUCAUUAAAUGGAAAUAAUAAUUUUUAAUUAUUUAAUUUGAAUCUCAGUCUUAAUUCCUCUUCCACCUUUGGAAUGAUCUAAAAGGUUGUGUUUUUCAAAUCUUGUUUCAGACAUUGAAAAUCAUCCUCAUUCCCUCUUAAACAUGUCAUUUCGGAGGCCGUUUGGGAGUUAAAAGUUCUAGGGGACAUGUUAAUGACACGGUAUAUGGCAUCAGUUGGAAAACUCAUAAUUUGAAAAAUGAGUCUGGCAAGGAUGGCCAAUCAGAGGCCAGUCAAGGCUGUUGUUGGGGGAAACACAGAGGCCAGUCACUGCAGGCCUUGCAGAAGCUAAAUACAUCCACCCAGCCUAUUGGCAGCCUGCGGUUAAACCAGGGCCAAUGCUGGGUGAUUCAAAUGACAUGAUACUGAUUGGAAACUUUUAAAGUGCAGUAGUUAAAUGAAAAGCCUGUUGGAGUGGGAGACACAUCAUCCAAUCCAAUCCCACUCAUUGCAACAACAUCACAUACAAGAGCUAUGAGGUUUUCCUCCCAACUCUAAACUGUUUUUGUCAUACGCCAAUGUUAAUCUCCAUGCGUAGUACAUAGUAUAAUAAACACAACCUCGCAGUCCCAAAGUGUUCCCUUCUGAAUGUUUAUUGGCCUAUUUCAAACUCCAUUGUAAAAUAUACUUGAUAAAGAAUCAGUACGUUCCGAAACCAAUUUUUCACUGCAAUGACUAGCCGUUACAGCACAUCCUUCAGGAAAUGAUCAAACACCAACUCCGUGUUUAGGGAGUCAUUGAGGUGCAUACUGACUUCCCUGAACACCCAGUAGGUGUGUUCACAGAGCAUCUCAGAGUUGAGGUGGUUAUCUAGGAUCAGGCCCCCCUCCUCCCUCUUCUUGUUCAUUAUGAUGUUACAGGUCAACAUAUCUGACCCUAACCCACCAGGAUACAGGUCAACAUAUCAGACCCAAACCCUAACCCACCAGGAUACAGGUCAACAUAUCUGACCCUAACCCUAACCCACCAGGAUACAGGUCAACAUAUCUGACCCUAACCCUAACCCACCAGGAUACAGGUCAACAUAUCUGACCCCAACCCUAACCCACCAGGAUACAGGUCAACAUAUCUGACCCUAACCCACCAGGAUACAGGUCAACAUAUCUGACCCCAACCCACCAGGAUACAGGUCAACAUAUCUGACCCUAACCCACCAGGAUACAGGUCAACAUAUCUGACCCCAACCCACCAAGAUACAGGUCAACAUAUCUGACCCCAGUCCUAACCCACCAGGAUACAGGCCAACAUAUCUGACCCCAACCCUAACCCACCAGGAUACAGGUCAACAUAUCUGACCCCAACCCACCAGGAUACAGGUCAACAUAUCUGACCCUAACCCACCAGGAUACAGGUCAACAUAUCUGACCCCAACCCACCAAGAUACAGGUCAACAUAUCUGACCCCAACUCUAACCCACCAGGAUACAGGUCAACAUAUCUGACCCCAACCCUAACCCACCAGGAUACAGGACAACAUAUCUGACCCCAACUCUAACCCACCAGGAUACAGGUCAACAUAUCUGACCCCAACUCUAACCCACCAGGAUACAGGUCAACAUAUCUGACCCCAACCCACCAGGAUACAGGUCAACAUAUCUGACCCCAACCCUAACCCACCAGGAUACAGGUCAACAUAUCUGACCCCAGACAGACCGACAGACAGACAGACAGACAAAACCUGUGAUCUAAACGUCUCUAUCUUGAAAAUUUGAAAAUAGCUUUCAAUUGUAAAAUGUCAUCGGGAGACAAUCGUUAGAAGGACUUCCAGAAACGGUGUCGGUACACUUUAAUUUAGUUUAGCCUCUCAUCUUCUCACAGGCCCCUUUGAGGUGAAAAGGAAAUGGAAUUACAUUUUCUAAAGGAAUCCAGUUUUGUAAGCAUCCACUAACCUACACCAAAUACAUGUACGAGCUUCGGCAACAGUCUUUUGGUUAAUUAACUUCCUAAAAAAAUUGGGCCAUUACAUAUAAGAUACCUGUCUAACACGCCUCUCAAAGUGGACAUUUCACAGUGAAUUAAAAAUCAGUUUGUAUCAUAAUUAAUUAUAUAUAAAAGCUACAUGAAGCUAGUGAUGAGGACAUGUAGUGAUGUAAGUAAAGUAUCUGCAUAUAAUGUGUUAGUGUUAUUUAUGGUUUGAUCUUUUAUGGUUUGUUUUAUUUAACCCCUUGGUUUGUGUAAUAUACUGUAUUAUUUUCUGAGAUGACACAUUAUUAAGAAAUAUCUGCCUUUUACAGACUAUACAUGGCUUUUUAAGACAUAUAUGUCAGAAAUUUAACUUAUUUACAUUACCAACAUACAUUGUGUGUAUAUAUAUAUAUUGACAAAUAAAAUGUAAAAAGUA